UUGACAUUGACAUUUCAUAGAUGGAUUAAGGGUGAAGAAAAAAAUUAUUUACUGUGAAUUGUUGCUUAAAUUUUUCGCUUCACAGAAUUAAAAUGAGCAUAUAUUUAAUGCAAGAACAUAAUUGACUACAUUCAUGUAAAUUUGAAGUGUUAAUUUACGCUCUAGAAUAAUGGAGGACGAGAUUGAGGAAUGUAUUCGGAAAAAAAUACAAUGGCCCCAGUUGCCUUCUACUGUUAAAAAGCUACUAGGAGAUUCCCCAAAAGAGUAUGAGCGAUAUAUAUACGAAUUUAGUAUUAAAAAUCAACUUCGUUUCAGGGGAAGUCUUGUGAGAACCAUUCGAAAAGAUGAAAGGAAGUAUUAUGAAACCCUGGUGCAGACCAGCAUACAGAGGCUUAUGUUGUAUCCCUAUCACUUAGCUGACAUGAUUGUUAAAGGUCUCAGGAUAACACCAUAUAUUUAUUAUGUGGAAGUGGUUGCACUUCUCAUUGAAAUGGAGAAGAGUUAUGAUACCAUGCCUAACUUCACCGCCGCCGAUUGUCUCCGGCUGCUCGGCAUAGGGCGUAACGAGUACCUAGAACUGGUGGCGAAGGCGCGCUCGCUGGGUCGCCGGGCGCGCUCCAAGGCGCUCCGCUCGCUGCUGCCGCGGGUGCCGCUCAGUAUCCCCAUGCAGCCGUGGUGGAGGGUGGAGCUUGGAUAUGUGCUAGAAGAUGACGUCAAGCCCCUGUGUGAGAGUGAGAGGGCGCUAAUAGACCUCCUUAUUGACCGAGGCUCCCAAACCGCCGGCACAUUGGACUAUAACGUCGUUAACACUUUGUACAGACGGGGUCUGAUAUAUCUGGACGUGCCGAUCACGGCGGCGGACAAGGUGUCGGUGCCGCCGCUGAAGGGGUUCGUGAUGAACCGCAUCGCGGGGGACUACUUUGAGACUCUCCUAUACAAGGUGUUCGUAACCGUGGACGAGCAUACCAGCGUGGCUGAACUAGCUUCUGUCUUACAGGUGGACUGUGAGCUGGUAAAGCAAGCGGUAUCUCUGUACUGCCGGCUGGGUUUCGCCAACAACCUGCAGCCGCCGCCCGUCAACCCCCAGCAUCCAUCAUGGCGGAACGCCGUGACUCAGCACAAUCAUCAGCCAUACAGACAGAUAGCCCCGUUAACUUUCGACCCAUCGGUGGACGAUGACGCCUUGCAAAUGGAGCCGGUCUUGUUGAAACAGGAACCGUCUACCUCCAAACAGAGUUACCAACAGUCGAUGACAGAAUAUCCCAGUAACAGCGGUGUUCAGCGUGUAGCAGUUCUGUACGACUCCACGCUGGCUGCCUACCUCAUGAUGGGGAACUUAUCGCCGACUUUGAAAAGCCACGCUGUGACUUUGUUCGAAGUGGGCAAGCUUUGCGAUGAAAGUCUGGACAGUCUACUGGUGGAGCUGGAUAAGGUCGUAGCAGAUCCCGAAAUAGAGGGGGAAGCGCGUCGUUACUUAGCCGCUGCAGCGUGUUUGCGUAUCGCUCUAAGAGCGCUGAGGCCAGCGCUGCGGCCGCUUGAUUUGCUGCGCUGUGAAGCGCUGCACGCGCUGGGAGAGCAGGCACGCAAUCGACUUCUCACUACUAAAUAUAGAAUGGCGAUAUCUACGGCGCCCCUGUGCCGCGUGGCGCGGGCGGGGCUGGCGGCGGGCUGUCUGCCGCACGUGGGCCCGGCGCCGCCCGAGGCCUCCACGCCGUGGAUGCGGCUAUAUCUGUACCACGUCGCCGGGUACGGGCCGCCUACGCUGCUACUCACUAAAGGAACCCAAUUGCGUGGCGUGCCCCGGCCGCUGCUCGGGUUCGCUCGCCUGUCGGUGUCGUGGUGGGGCGCCGAGGCCGCGCUGGAGAGCAGCGUGGCGGCGCUGCCCGCGGCCGCGGCGCUCGCGGCGGCCAACAGCGCGCUGAGGGGAUCCCCCGUCCUGAUACAAGCCGUCGCCGUGAGGAAGACGCCGAGCCUGACCCGCCUGGUGUUCCCUAUGGAGGCUGAUGCUGAUUUAGAAUCGCAAGCAUUAUGGUCGCGGCACGCAGGAUUACGAAGACUAUACAACCGCCUGCGCCUUUCGCGUACAGUGGGCUACGUAACGCUGGCCGACAUCGGCGUGCCCGACCUCGGAUGCGCUCGCCCGCCCUCCACUGUACAACUAGUUCCAGUAAGAAAAAAGAAAGAAGUAUGUGGCAUAGCAAAACCAGUCAGCGAAUUGUCUCUCUCCUCGACGGAUUCCACUGAAAAAACGCAAGCUGAUUAUAGCAAGUCCAUACAACGACUACAGUCGCCCAUAGAGUCACAUUUCGCUGUCACCCCCACUGCCGACAGCAAAAACGGCUCACCGGCAAACGGAUUUACGAGCGUCGAAUGUGGCCAGUUACUCUGCGAAGAACUAGAUAACCUCGCCAUAGAUGAAAAAAUAAAAACACAAUCGAUCGACUGUCCCGACGACAUAAUCCCUAUACAUUCCAAUUCGACUAGUAUUGAAGAUUUGAAAGAGACGAACAAAAAACAUUCCAUAGACAAUUCGACGAGCAAAGAUUCGAUCGCACUUUCCGAUGAUUUAAUUCCAAUUCAUUCGUCGUCGGUCAGUAUUGAGAAUUUGAAAUUUGAUAGCAAGAAGGGUAGUGAGACGGCGAGCGAGAAAUCGAUGAACCAGUUGAACGAUUUGUUGAGCCCCGCUGAGGAGUCGAUAUCAAUGUUUACGCAGUUAUCGGAUAAGUUGACGGAGAUGACAGCUGAGGGUGACAGUGGAGUCGACACAGCGCAUAACUUUUCUGACGAGGAAACAUGCAAGCCAGAGAAAUGGACAAUACUGGAUCUUCAAUUCGGUAUUCCUCUGUUCGACGAAACGAUGUGCGAGCAAAUUUGCCACUGCUUAGUGGACCGGAUAGCCAAGCCUGAACUAUUAGAGAAAAUAAAAGAAGACAAUGAAUUCAUCCGUUCGGACAUCCUCAAAUUUGUGUCACAAUGUCAGUAUUACCCUGGUGAAGAUAUGGGUAUAGUAAAACGAGGCAGCCUUGUACCUUUGCCCCGGAAGAACCUUGUGUUUGAAAAUGGAAGGAUUACCGAGUGGAACGGGAAGUGAGGCGGUCGCGCUCGCACGUGCCAUAUCUCCCCAUCGAUGCAAGAAAGAGAUGCAAUUAUUUGUGAUUAAGUUGAGCUUUACUACACGCGUCGAACAUGUUAUUUGACUUAUAGUUUAUCAAGGCAAUAGCAAUUUGUCAUGUGAACAUUGUAAGUAAUAAAGUAUUAUUAUGGCAAAAUUAUAUUAAUAUAUUGUACUAAAUUAAGAUAAAAAAUUUACAAAGUGUUCAGAAAUGAGAUAAAAAAAUAACAUACACGCAUGUAUUAUUGUUAUUCAAUGUGUAAUGCAAACAAAAAUAGACUUUAAAGUUAUCAUGUAAGAUAAAUUGAACCGUAACGCUUGCAUAAUUUUUUUAAAGACCCAACGUUAACCAUAUUUUAAAUAGUGUGACUUAAGAGUAUAGAAAGUGCAUCAGAGAAGUAGAUAUAGGUUACUGUCUAUUGACAUUUAAGACUAUGAUUGUAAUGUCAUGCCCGCUUGAAUGUGUUGCUUCCGGCACAGGUCACCAACGAGGGAGGUAUUCUUUUUUUUGUAAUCAGUUCUUCCCUAUCCGUCCUUUCACCGGGCCGGAUGGGAAUGACCCCCCUAACUAUGACAUUAAAUGUAUAUGUGUUCUUUCUUCCUUCUUACCUCGCGGCCUAGGACUUAUUUAUCUCUACGAAAUUUUCAUAAGAACUUAUUUUAUCUAGAAGCCGCAAUAUGUAUUAGGGGUGUCACGAUGUUGUCAAUUGUUGUUAAAAGGGGUUUUAAUAAACCUCUCUGUAGUUACCUGUAGAUUAUAUGAAAUAUAGUAGUCCCACUAUUGAAAUGUAUCAUAUUUUAAAAACCACCCAUUUCGUCCUUCAUGUGUUUGAACUUUUUUGUCUCUUUGCACAAGUUUUCUGUAUUAUAAACUCUUCGUUAUAUAGUAAAAAAAAUGCAUUGUAUAUAUUGUAUAUAAUUAUACAAACGGAAUCCGUCGUUACUCAGACGUAAUAGAAAUUAAUUAAGCAAUCUAAAUCAUUACAAUUUAAAUAAAAAUAUAGUAAAAAAAAGGCAGCUUUUAAGUUUCACAGGAGAAAGAGAUAAUUGGGCUAUAUUCAGAGUUUUUCCUUUUUUUAUCUGUGAAAUCACAUGAGGCCUAUGACAUUCCGUGUAUUUUAAGAAGUAGUAAGAUGAUAAAAUUUUAAUGAUAUCGUAUUUUUCUGAAAUAGUGUUAAAGGGCGAAUGAUUCGUUGAUAUUGUUUGAAUUUCAAUAUCCUCUCGACAAUGGGCUCGUGAGCAUGUGAUUUUGAACACAUAAACAGUUUUAAACUAAAAAAAAUUUUAAUUGAUUUCGUCCACAUUUUCGGAACAUGCAUACUUACAUAAUAUGACGCCUCUUCUUAAACCGACGAGCUUGCAGGAAAACUUUACUAAAUACAUGAAUGAAACAAAAGCAGAGUAUGAGAAUGGAGGCAGAUAGACUCUGCCUCUCUUUCUCCCACGGAAAAUAGCCGUCAUUUUUGUUUCUUCGAUAAAUAUUCCCACCGCAUUUAGUAAGCCAUGUGUUUGUGGCUUGCGCUAUAGAAAUAAAUCUAAAUGAUAUUGACAAAUUCCUUAUAUCCGAGAUCCGGCAAACGGGAGAUAUGAUUAUAAACGUGCAUUGGUAUUUGUGAAACAUAAUUAUGUUAUUUGUUUAACAAUUUUUCUACUAAGUCAUAAAUAGAAAUUAUUAUAAUUACACGUUGAAUGUUCUACUUAUUUUAAAGAUUUAAUUUUGUUACGACAUAGAUCAUAUGUUUUUAUUUUAUCCUUAAUUCUUUAUUUAUAUAAACUGAUAAGAAAAAUUCUGGGUGUAUAAAAGAAAUAAACGAUUUUAUUUUA